CUUUCUUCUCUACCUUUUCUCAAAUUUACAAUUUCGCAGUCCGCAAAUGCAGUUGGACGAAGGAAUGCCGACUCGUGCGCAGACCAACGAGGCUGACAACCUUGCAUUCAAAGUCAAGGUUCGACGGUGAGGAGCUGCUCGACAUAAAAAUGCACAGCAAUUCAGACACCUCGACCAUGAGCAUUGAUGAUCCGAGUGUCCACCCGUGGACCGUGCUCUUGGGAAGGUGUAUGAACGAGGAAGGCCAGGCGAGUGGUAUACAGGCCUAGGUCCACAGUGGACUUGCUAGUCCGGCCCUAUGAGGAGCCAGCCAAGGAUGCAGAGCGCACACCGAGCACGACAAUCCAGCACAGUAACCGUCCCGACUGCAGCCACACCCUCUCAGCAAACAGAAAUGGGUGCAUUUAUUGAUUGCGCCCUCGAUGGAAUCACCACACAGAAUCUAUUCGAGGGGCUGGACGACCUAGCGGACGAUAUUGACCCGCCCAAAGACACGCUGGCCGAUCUGGUGAAGACCCUAGGAACUGACCCAGCAAGCAGCGCUGGAGAGGACACUGUGGAUGAAAACGAGCUUGAAGACAUGGCUCCUGAGGAAGUCGACAAGCUGAUGCAAGCACAUGGCGGGUUUGGCAGUGCAUGCAAGCCGGAAACACAUCCCAUUACGCCUGCUACCAGGUCAUCAGCCCUGACGACACCUACAGCCGUGAGCUGUCCCAGCGUAGAUAGUAGUGAAAAGGAGCAGGAGUUACCAGACAUGGAUGAUGCGGAAGCCAUGCAGAUUAUUCAACAAUGUGGCGGAUUCGCUAAGCCCAGCCACCAGCCAAAAGCGGCGGCAACAGUGGCACCGGAGAAACCGGUCGAUGAGCCAGCAAUGCCCGAUAUGAGCGAUGAAGAGGCAAUGCGGAUAAUCAGUCAGCGUGGUGGGUUCUCAAAGCCAAGAAUUGAGGGUGGAAAGGCCCUGAAGGGGAAAGAGACCGCUGGUGCCGGCGAUACCAAAGAGCCAGAGCUGCCGGACAUGGGUGACGAGGAAGCACAGCGGUGGAUCAGCCAGCUAGGCGGGUUCUCCAAGCCCCAAAAGACGCUGCAGAGUCAGGCCCACGCACCGCAGCACUCGACGCUCAGCAAGAGCAAUUCAGCAAAUCCAACACCGGUCUCGACACCUAUUCAGUCGCAAGUAACGCCCGUGCAAAGAUCGGCAGAAUCGGGUCCAAUAACAGCGGCGUCACCAACAUCGUUCCCAUCGCGCAAGGAGGUCAUGUCGGCAAGACGGGCACUGAUGUCUGAUGGACGCUCUCUAACUACCACGUUGAGUGCGUCCCUGAAGACGCCAACACGCAGACUGUCAUUCAGAUCACCUAGAUCACGACCGCCACCACAACCAGCACUGACACCAAACACACCUGAAACACCGACGUCAGGCUUACGGCAGCUCACAUUCAAGUCGGUAUCAAUGAAGCGGCCGGCUUCUCGGCUUCCGUUUAAUUCGCCAUCAAAGCGCAUAGCCAGGGAUCGAUCGGCAUCGGCGAAUGGCGAGCUGCAGCGACUCCACAAUCCACCACACCUGCCCCGCCGCUCGUAUGCGACGCAAAACUUUACGUCCCCGCAGAGGGUACCACCUGGGACAUUCAAUCACCAGCACAAGCCGCCGCCUAAGCUGCCACCGGUCACAUCGAGAGCGGCUAAUCCGAUGCAGUCUUCAGCCAGUAGAUCAGCCCAAACAACAAAGCAGCCUCCUCCGCCGCCCUGUAUGUUCACUAUCGACAGCCUUGGACCACGGGUGACGCUGCAGUCAGUCGCUGACCAGAUCAACACAGGAGAUACCAAAGGAAUCCCCGACGAUGUGCUGGGUAUGAGCGCCGACGCAGCGCGCAUCUACCGAUUUUCGCUCGGGUUUGGCCAGGGGUGGGGGUGGUUUGAGGCCAGACAGGUGCUGCUAGCUCGUGGAUGCAGUCCAAGUGUAGUGACAGAGGAGUGGGUGCAGAAUCACUUUCGGUGGUGCGUGUGGAGCUGUGCCAGCUAUGCACGGCGGCUUCCAUCCCGGCUAGGCGAGUUCUGGUCGGUAGAGGGCAUCAUCAACCGGCUGCUAUACCGGUAUGAGCGCGAGUAUGUGCGCGGCGAGCGGUCGGCAUUGAAGCGGGUCCUGGAGAUGGACUCAUCGUCGCAGCAGCUGAUGGUGCUCUGUGUCGCGUCGAUUAGCCAGAAGGACUCGGUGACGACUCUGGAGGUCACAGACGGCUGGUACAGCAUUUCGGCGCCAGCCGACUCUGUCCUAUCAAGAGCGGUGGCCAGAGGCAGGCUGCGGGUCGGUGAUAAAGUUGCCUGCGCUGGCCUCAAGCUGUGCGGAAUCACCGAGGGCGCGCCUCCAUUCUCGGCAAAGGCCGAGGGGGCAUCGUUGCCAUUGCGUGCAAACUGUGUGCGGCGUGCUCACUGGGACGCCAGGCUUGGGUUCCAGGCAUCUAAGGCCAUGUACAUGUCGCUGUCUGCGAUCUCCAAGGAGGGUGGGUACAUUGGAGCGGCUCUGGAUGUGCUGAUUGUGCGCAGCUACCCGGUGCUCUACAUGGAGACGAUGCCCGACGGCAAGCGCGUGGUGCGGUCAGAGAAAGAGGAGCAGCGUAUGAGCGCCAAAUUCGAGGGCUGGCGAGCAAACAAGGCCCUUGCCAUCGCUGAAAACAUCAAGCAGGCGUCGCGACAAACCCCGGUUGCUGGCGAUACCACUGCAACCAUUGGGGUACAGUCUGACGGCGAAGAGCUCUACAAUUUCGUCAUGAAUGGGAACACAGACCCGUCAGAUGCUGGACAGCAGCUUACCGACGAGCAGAAGAGCAGGCUCGAACAGUAUGUGCUCGAGAGGCGGACAGAGGAAGAGUCGGAGAUUGCGAGGCGACUCGAUGAAGAGCAGCCACCGCGGCAGGUGCGGGCGUUUUUCCGGCUGCGCGUGUGCGACUACCCAGCGCACCAGUACAAGGGCGGCGAGGCCCGGCAGAAUAAGCAAGCUAUGGUCACGGUAUGGGGGUCGCGCAACCUGCAGCCUCCUGAUUUCCCUGAAGGUGCGCGGUUUGUCAUGACCGGACUGACGGUGUCAGCUGCCCCGCAGCGGCAACCAAGGAGCCGGGACGGGUGGCGGGGCACAGACGAGCAGCUUCUACGGCUGAACUUCAAUGCGUCGAGUCAUGCGCAGCCACGCGCGGUCGAUCCGGCAGUGGGCAGCCAAUGCGAGUACUUGGAGCGUGGCGUGCUGUGUGUGGAUGAGCUGCGCCAUGUCGACAAGGGCCAGGAGGUCGAUGUGCAGGGGUCUGUUGAGCAGACGGUUGAGGGAACAGCAGGCCAGAAAUCGGCGGUGCGUGUGACCGGCACCGACGAGGCCGGGCAAAAGUACUCGGCCAGCAUUGAAUUCCCCCAGCUCACGUUCGGCAGCAUGGCGUUUGAGCCUGGAAGGCAGAUCACUGUGCGCAACUGUCGGUAUGUGACGUACGACGAGUAUACACGGACGUACGUUGUUGAUGCAGGCGACAUGGCUGAGUUUGUGGUGUGA